AUGUUUGGUGAUGGUACCCAUUACAAGCUGGAAAAUACCGUCAAAAGAGCAGUCACCCAUUACACCAAAUUAAUCGAUGCCAAUUACCACAAGCUUAACUUCACAAUAGCUAAUUCUAUCUCCCAAGGAAUCACUGUCGAUUGCUCUGCAAUAACACGUAAAUUUAAAUCUGAUUGGAAUCUAAAUCCUUCCAACUACGUGCCACCACUUUAUACUGUUGUUCAUCAACACUCAACUACUAAAGGAUGGAAAGAGGAUAGCUUAAAAGAAGCAGAUAAAAGAUUCAAGUCUGUAAGAAUCAUUAUAGAAAAUGUUUUUGCUCACUUUAAAAAGUGGGCAAUUACAUGUAACUUUUUCAGUUCAAAGGCUAAAAAUAUUAAACAAUUGCUGCUGUCUCACCAUAAAAUUUGGUGUUGUGUUGGACUAUUGACUAAUAGCUUUGUUGAUAUGAGGAAAUAA